AUGAUUUUUUCCAUAUCUUCACAGGCUGCAUCAGUACGGGCAAGCGCUUUGAAAGCCUUGCUCCCGUUAUAUGAGAACGAUAAAUUAGCAAGCAAAUUAACAUUGUUCACUCAAAAAUAUCAACAAAGACUUGUUAGAUUAUCUUGGGACAAGAGCCGAUGCAAUCAAGAGAUUGCAAUAAAGCUUGUCACGGCUAUGUUCAGGUCCUAUCCGUACUUAUUCACUAGGAAAGACUUGAACACGGUUUCAAGUUUGAUGUUCUCUCCAAAUCGAAAGGUUGCAGUGGCAGCAGGCACAUUUUUUCAUCAUGUCUGUUUAAGAUUGGAUGAAGAUUCAAAUGGGGCCGGGUUUGGGGUUCGAUGGUUCAGAUAUGUUUCAACUUUCAUCAGUGAAUUGAAAGGUUUAAAUUUUAUUUCAUAUCUAGUGGAUGCCCUAGUUGGAAACAUUGAGAUAAUGAAAGAUUGGAAUUCGAUGAUACAUAUUUUAACUCAAGAAAAUGAUGAUCCUUUGACCCCAAUCCCCCAACCUCAAGAAAUUUUAAUUGAAAUUAUGUUCUGUGUGCAAGUCUUUCAAGUACUGGUCCCAAGUUUAAAACAAAGAAAACAAAUGAAGGAAGAAAAAUUAAAUAUCACAAAACAUCUAAUGCCUGUGAUAGCAAUUCUGUUGGCUCGCUUCAAAACCAAUGUGAAUUGUAUUAUUCAUUUGAUCAGAAUACCUCAAUAUUUUGACUUCGAAAAUACAAGCAAGAUGGAAGAUCUGCAUUUAAGGAAUUUAUUGGGCGCUCUGCAAGUCAUCGCCCAGGAUUCUGCAGACACAAUAGUGUUGGACAACUGCAGCAAGACUUUGCAUUGCCUUUAUAAAAGGGCAAGAAGCAUUGUUGCAGAUUGCGAUGCCGCCAUAUCGACCAUUGUCGACGAAUGCGCAUUUGGAUCGAUAUACUGCCUACUUUCCUACGGCACAUAUUUAUCUUGGGAAUUGAUGGAAGUAAAAGAUAUGGAUCUAAAUAAUAUGGUACUCAAUGCUAUGGCUUGUAUGAAACGAGCCGAUAUAUUAGAGUUAAAAUUGAAAAAUUAUAUUGAAAUCUGCAAGGACAUCGUAAAAAAUGUCACUCAUGAUGAUCUGCAACAAGCUGCCUUGAUUGCAAUAUGUUCUUUAGCCGCGAAUUUCAACCGAGAACUGGCCGACCAUCAAAACCCAAUAAUACACGACUUAGUUUUAAAACUCAGCUCGGAUGACAUAAAGCUAAUAAAAAAGUAUGCAGAAGAGUAUGUUUUCACAAAACAUUGGACAGGAAGACACGAAGAACAUGAGAUUCAAAUAAGCAAACGUCGUGAAGUGUUGGAGCGUUUUUGUAAACUUGUUCAAUUUAAUAUUAUACCAGCUAAUAAAGCAUACUUUGUUUUAAAGCAUUGUGUGAAGUUCUUUUAUACAGACAUAUUAAAUAUAGGAAAUACGAACACAAUAUUAGCUGCAGUUAUAUUUUAA